CAACUGAAACUUCCCUGCAGAUUCUGCACUAGUGGCAUCCAGCAGGCUCUCUCCUGCCUAAAUCUGUGGGUGGCCAUCAAAGGGGUCCACCCAGGAAUGCUCUGAGCCUGGCACUUCCUUUGCCCAAAAGCUGCCAGAGAUUUUGGACAUCUGUAAAGUGACAUGAAAUCACAUGGGUGAAGAGUGGCGUAAUCUCUACACAGGCGGUAUCUCCAUAGUCCAUAACAAGGAAGACCUGAAGAGGCUUGGUGUCAGCCAUGCACCAAGUGCUGCACAUUUUGCAUGGGCAAUCAAAGGAUACCGAACUGCCCACUGCCAGGAAAUGCAAUACCUGCAGAGGACUUAAUUGACUUGAUUGACUUUCACCUCAGCUUACAUUUCUGUUCUCUGAGUACAUUCACAAGGCUCAAUGGCGAGACGCAGACAAGAAAAACAAUCAAGUUGUCUGGUGGAAAAAGCAGCUUCCCAGGAUCGCUGCAGCCACGGUGUAAUUGUGAUCAAUCUGCAUUGACAGCUUUUUCACUAAACUCAGGAAAACGAAAAGCUGCCUCUGAUAUAGCCUGAGUGCGUGCAAGAGAGGAGCAAGAUGCCUCACACCAGACGCUCUUCAUCUCCGACUAGCAGUGCAGGGAGCCGAGCUUCCUAUGAAACACCCUCGCUAUCAGACCUCCAGCGGCUCUUUUGGUUGAGAGGAGGGUCUGAUAAUCAUGUGGACCAAGUCUGGCCAAAUAUUUACCUGGGAGAUGCGUGGGCUGCUAGGAGCAAAACUACUCUUCAAAGCCUCAACAUUACUCAUAUCCUUAAUGCAGCAGAUGGGCCAUAUAGCAUCAACACAGGAGCCAAAUAUUACAACGAUCUACAAAUAGAGUACUACGGAGUAGAAGCAUUUGAUGAUCCUUCCUUUGAUUUAAGUAUCUUUUUCUACGAUGCUGCCAAUUUCAUAGGCAAAGCCUUAAACACUUCAGGAGGUAAAGUGUUUGUUCAUUGUGCCAUGGGGUUGAGCCGUUCUGCCUCUUUAGUGCUUGCCUUUUUAAUGAUCCAUGAAAACAUGACACUAGUGGAUGCUCUAAAAACAGUGAGUGCUCACAGAGACAUCUGCCCAAAUUCAGGGUUCCUCAGCCAGCUUCGGGACUUGGACAUUAAAUUAAACGAGGAGAGGAAAGGAACUAAAGCAUCUGCUACCAAAGAGCUGUAAGACAGUAUUGCUGAAAGAGGACAAAAGGUUAUUUGAGUUUCCUGUAUCUCUUUUAAAUGAAUUGCAUUUGUAAACUAAGGACACAAAUUUACAAUACACCAGAAUGUGCGUUAUUAUUAAGAGUAGAUUUUACUCAAUCUUUCAGGUUUUGCUAGAUUAUACUUAAAUUUGGUUAUAUAUUUUAUCUUUCACUCUCCACCUUAAAACAUUGCUCCCUGCUGGGGAAAAAAAAAAAAAAGAAAAAAGGAAGAAAAAAAGAAAGUAAGAAAAAAAAGGUAUCAGGUUCCACUUCAGAAAUAGCUGUGUUUCAGCAACUAGUGAAGCUCAUAUCACUUUAUGAAGUGUUAGGCUAUUUGAGGUGAAAGAUGCCAUAUUAUUUAUGCUACAACAAUGCUUAGAAGUUUUCUUAUGAACCAGCCCUCCACCCCUUUGCUCCCUGUCUCUAAAAUGGUCUGUAUUUUGAGACUUGAAUCUGGCAUUAGUUAAUUCUUGCUUUUACAAUUGGUGGAGCCCCUGAGUUGGGGUAAGAGGCUGUUCAAAGGCAGAGCAGCUGGGAAACAACACAAGCCACUCUUUGAGAAAUUAUUCCAGAUCUCUCUACAGUAUUUUCCCUUUCGCUGUUCACCAGAUUAAUUUUUUUUUCUUCCAUGAAAAUACCUUUGUUUCAGAGGACAUUCAAAUAUUUUCCAUUGUGCCUAGUAAAAUACAUACAGGAGAUGCUGUAGAAAAUGCUUCUGAAGAGGAAGGUGGGUUACCAGCUGAGGCUUCAAACAGCAGCCUUGGCAUUAGAAGUGGGUGCAGGAAAGCAUUAGACAACAAAGUUCAACAUAUCCCAAAUUUGUCUGUCAGUUCAACAUUACAAAACUUGGGAUUUUAUUUCUCAAAAAUAAAGAUCAUUAACAUUGUAA